GUCUCAGUAUUAACGGCCAGUGACACGUAUUGCAUAAAAACUACAUUUUUUAAAACUAAAUAGUGUCUCUUAGAUGUUUAAAUUUAGACUUUAUUACAUUGUGUUAAUAAUCAUACUUAUUAAAUAUAUGUGAUAUAUGACGUGUAUUUUUGUUUUUAAACUUAGACCAUAUUAUAAGUGAUAAUUUUAAUUGUGUUGUAUGUUGAAUGGUUAAUAAAUGAAAAUGUUUGAGUACAAGUAUUUAAGUAAGGAACAUUUAAAUGGAUUGGAUAGUUAUAAGUACAGUGCUAUAGACACGAGCCCACUCAGCAACUAUGUUAUGCACCCGUCUUGGAACGCCGCUGUCAAGCUCAUACCAAAACGGAUAGCCCCAAACCUGCUGACGUUUCUUGGUUUCCUCUGCAUGGUGGUGGACGUCGCCCUCCUCUGGGUCUACGACUACGGGUACACCGCAUCAGGGGGCCCAGGGGCAGUGGUCAACUAUGACCAGAGCGGUGUGCCGCACUGGGUGUUCCCCACUUGUGGGGUGAUGUUAUUCUUGGCCUAUAACUUAGAUGGCAUUGACGGCAAGCAAGCGCGUCGUAUCGGAGUGUCUGGACCCCUGGGGGAGAUGUUUGACCACGGCCUGGACUCCUUCAUCGUGUUUCUGAUCCCCUACUGCCUCUUCUCCCUGUUCGGAAGGGACCAUGAGUUUUCUGUGCCUAUAUUCAGAGCAUUCUUACAAGUGAUUAGCGUGGUGCUAAAUUUCUACAUCAGUCAUAUUGAGAAAUAUACUACCAAGACCCUUUAUUUACCGUGGGGGUACGACUUUAGCAUGUGGUUGUCGACGCUCCUGUUCUUCGGGCCGUGCCUGUGCGGGCCCGGCGUGUACAAGGUGUACCUGUUCGGGAACCUCACCCUGGUGAGGGUCAUGGAGAUCGCAAUCCACCUGACCGGACUAUUGACAACCCUGCCCAUUGCGGUUUAUAACAUCUAUUUACACUGCCACUCACCCCAAGGCAAGAACGCCACCCUCGGCAGUGUCCUCAGGCCAGUGUGGUCCAUGCUAGUGAUGGUGGUCCUGGUGGUCACGUGGGCGGUCGCCUCUCCUAAUGACGUCAUGUCCUACGACCCCAGGGUCUUCGUGCUGAUGUUCGGCAUCAUGUUCACUAAUAUUUCUAGUCGUCUGAUAGUCUCCUGCAUGACGGGCCAGCGGUGCGACCUGGUCUGCUGGCUCAACUUCCCCCUGCUCCUCGCCGUGUGGGUCGUCCUCUACAUGCCCCGCCUGGAGAUGCUGGUCAUGUACCUGUUCACAGCGUUCGCGUUAGCUGCCCAUGUGCAUUAUGGGGUUUGUGUGGUGCGGCAAAUUUGUGAAUAUCAAAAUAUAAGAUGUUUUGUGGUCCCCAAAGAGAAACGACGGUGAAGUUUAAGUUUAUUUUUUAAGUAAUGAAUUAUGUUUAGUAGUUUUAUUUUUUAAUUAUAGUAUUUUUUA